ACCUGUAGAGACUGUGCGGCAAUAAAUAGAUCCAAGCGGUAGGUGUACACCUGGAGAAACAAUCGAUCAAUUUGUACUUGUUGAUUCGUCUAGUGCCAUGAUGCUAGUGAAGCCACGCCGCGCAAGGAAAUUGCAACGAUACCUGCUUCCGCACGUGGAAAUCCAAUAUCUUCAUAGGAUACUUGAGCUGGACAGGCUCACCGUUACAACUGAAACGAUGUGUCACUUUUAUUGCUUCCCUGCCCUAAGGAAGUUCAAUGAAUUGAGGAUGCAAUAUGGCAACGGUGGUGCAGGCUUUGACGCAUAUGUUGCAGAAAAUAUUGGGAAAUAUACGAGGGUCCGCGAGGAAGCGGGAGGGUUUCAUGAAUGGAUGGACACAGUUAGGUUAGCGAGGCAAGAAGCCAGCGCCGCAAUGGACACCAAACUUCGCAUCUGGUGUAAGAAGAACAACUGGUCUGUUCGAUAUGCCCGGGAGUAUAUCUCCAAGACGCGGGAAUUCAGGUAUCACGUCGAUGAACAUUUUUGUCCCAUGGAUGACCAAACCUGGGUGGAUUUUGGCAGACGUCACAUGGGGAAUCUCCGCGCCCACCACAUCGAAAGGCUACAAAAACUUGAUGAAAUCAAGGUGUUCGAAUGCGACUGUGAUAACUCAAGAACAUUCACACCUUCGGGCCUUAGGAACCACUGGUAUGAAAAACACUACCAAUACCCGUGAGCUUCAAGCGCCUCUUGUCUCUCCUGCAUUCGUUUUACUCUGGUGUUUUCUUCUUCGUUAUGUACUGCACACUCUCGAGUAAUAUAGACUUCUGAUGUCCAGGAAUUGUUAAUUGACAGGCAGACUCAAGCCGAGAACGCUGCGUUCAUGAAACCGUCGAUUGAGGGCGGUAGUAGCGAUUCUCCAGUAAACGGGA